CUCCUCGGGGGCGCGCGGCCGGGCUGCCGUCCUCCCCCCACCCCGCACCCGUCCGCUCCGGGAGCCUGGGGAGGGAGCGCGCGGGCGGGGGAGCUGGAGCCGGGCGCCGCCGCCGCCGCCGAGGUUUCCGUCUCGCUGGCUCGCGCAGCGGCGGCAGCAGAGGUCGCGCACAGAUGCGGGUUAGACUGGCGGGGGGGGAGGCGGAGGAGGGAAGGAAGCUGCAUGCAUGAGACCCACAGACUCUUGCAAGCCGGAUGCCCUCUGUGGAUGAAAGAUGUAUCAUGGAAUGAACCCGAGCAAUGGAGAUGGAUUUCUAGAGCAGCAGCAGCAGCAACAGCAGCCUCAGUCCCCCCAGAGACUCUUGGCCGUGAUCCUGUGGUUUCAGCUGGCGCUGUGCUUCGGCCCUGCACAGCUCACGGGUGGGUUCGAUGACCUUCAGGUGUGUGCUGAUCCAGGCGUCCCCGAGAAUGGCUUCCGGACACCCAGUGGAGGGGUUUUCUUUGAAAGCUCUGUUGCUCGAUAUCACUGCCAAGACGGAUUCAAGUUGAAGGGCUCUACGAAGAGACUGUGUAUGAAACAUCUUAAUGGAACCCUAGGCUGGAUCCCAAGUGAUAGACCCAUCUGUGUGCAAGAAGAUUGCCGUAUCCCUCAAAUUGAAGAUGCUGAGAUUCAUAACAAGACAUAUAGACACGGAGAUAAGUUAAUCGUCACUUGUCACGAAGGAUUCAAGAUCCGUUACCCCGACCUGUACAACAUGGUUUCAUCAUGUCGCGAUGACGGAACAUGGGACAACCUGCCCAUCUGUCAAGGCUGCCUGAGACCACUCGCCUCUUCUAAUGGCUACGUGAACAUCUCCGAGUUCCAGACCUCCUUCCCGGUGGGCACGGUCAUCUCCUAUCACUGCUUUCCCGGAUUUAAACUCGAGGGGUCAGACUUUCUCGAGUGCCUACACAACCUCAUCUGGUCGUCCAGCCCGCCCCGGUGCCUUGCUCUGGAAGUGUGCCCGCUGCCUCCGAUGGUGAGCCACGGCGAUUUCGUCUGCCACCCACGGCCUUGUGAGCGCUACAACCAUGGGACUGUGGUGGAGUUCUACUGCGACCCCGGCUACAGCCUCACCAGUGAUUAUAAGUACAUCACCUGCCAGUAUGGGGAGUGGUUCCCUUCCUACCAGGUCUACUGCAUCAAGUCAGAGCAAACGUGGCCCGGCACCCACGAGACCCUCCUGACCACGUGGAAGAUCGUGGCGUUCACGGCCACCAGUGUGCUGCUGGUGCUGCUGCUCGUCAUCCUGGCCAGGAUGUUCCAGACCAAGUUCAAGGCCCACUUUCCCCCCAGGGGGCCUCCCAGGAGUUCCAGCAGUGACCCCGACUUCGUGGUGGUGGACGGUGUCCCUGUCAUGCUCCCGUCCUACGACGAGGCCGUGAGUGGUGGCUUGAGUGCCUUAGGCCCUGGGUACCUGGCCUCUGUGGGCCAGGGCUGCCCCUUACCUGUGGAUGACCAGAGCCCCCCAGCAUACCCCGGCUCAGGGGACACGGACACGGGCCCGGGGGAGUCAGAAACCUGUGACAGCGUCUCAGGCUCCUCCGAGCUGCUGCAGAGUCUGUAUUCACCUCCCAUGUGCCAAGGGGGCACCCGCCCCACUUCCGACAGCCCUGACACAAUUGCCAGCACGGCGGGGGAGGUGGCAUCCACCAGCCCGGGCAUCGACAUUGCGGAUGAGAUCCCUCUAAUGGAAGAAGAUCCGUGACCAGGCAAAGUCCUGAUGACUCUACUGCCCCUUUGGGGAUGGGAUCCUUGUACCUUGGAGUGAGGCCACAGAAGGACAGAGCUUGGGGGAUGGGGGAAGUUUUCUAAUUUAUCUCCACGGGGACGGUGAUUCACAUCCUACAUCUCGGACUCAACAGCAAGGCUGAUGAACUGCGGUGGCAGUGCUUUUAAAUGAGACUUGAGGAUUCGCCAAGACCAGGGGGGAACAAAGGGAUGAGGGGAGGCCCCUGUGCAGUCCUGGAUGAAGGUGUUAAGUGUGUCUCGUGCUGCAGAACUUAGGACAAUUCUACGCACAUCCCAUCGAAUCCUACAUCCCAUUGACUUAGGUUAUGACUACUACCUGCCUCCUCUGAAAGCAUGUCACAUUAUGUAAAUUCACUUCUAAAAUCCGCUUCCAACUGCCUCUGGACUCCAAAUUAGGAUGGAUCAGCCUCUGCGCAAAAGUCUGUGUGGACCUGCUGGAAGAGACGCAGAGCACCCCUGCAGGCUCCCAGAGGGAAGGUUCUCGUGCAGCUUUUGUACAAUCUUCCUCCACCUGGACAUCUCUACUCAGAGCAAGACUAAAGAGGAUGUGGCGGUUCCAGUGAGAAAGGAAAGGAAAGACUCAGGCAGACUCUGCUUUCUGGAAAACUCAAAAAGUAGAGUUCGUGCACCCCGUGCUGUCCUUCGGUGAAAUAUCGUCCGUGUUCGUGGUCAUGGUCUGGCACGUGGAUCCGUGGCAUUGGAUAAAUCUUGUGACUUGACAGGUGGUAAAAAUGUGUUCAAAUACAUCUCAUGGUGGAGAAAGUAACCAAGGUAAUGUUUCUUUGCGGCAUCUUAAACGAUUCCACUUAACGAUUUAUCUCAGAGUCAUGAGCCCCUCUCCAGUUAACUCUUACGGUGUUGCUCCCAUCCCGAACUCAGCCAUAUUUUAUUUUCCAAACCAGAAAUUGUUUCUGUAAAUACAUUCCUCCUCCAAAUAAAGUAUGAGGUUGGA